ACAGAUGAUUACCACGUGUGUACAAGAGAAAGGAGGUUUGUGUUGGUGGGUUAGUGUAUGUGACUGUUUAACAUGUUUACAUUAAGGUCACAGAAAAGAGUCACACUGUCUGUUUCCAUGUUAACACACGUUGUUCCUCUCUGUCUGCUGCAGUGAAAGAAGGCAUGAAGACAUCAUCCUAGUCGUCAGUCAUGGCCGAUAAAAGGAAACUUCAAGGUGAAAUAGAUCGAUGUCUGAAAAAAGUAGCGGAAGGAGUCGAACAGUUUGAAGACAUUUGGCAAAAGCUUCACAAUGCAGCAAACGCAAACCAGAAGGAGAAAUAUGAAGCAGACCUCAAGAAAGAGAUUAAAAAGCUACAGCGUCUUCGAGACCAGAUCAAGACGUGGGUGGCAUCCAACGAGAUCAAAGACAAAAGGCAGCUAGUAGAGAACCGCAAACUCAUAGAAACGCAAAUGGAGCGGUUCAAAAUAGUGGAAAGAGAAACGAAGACGAAAGCGUAUUCAAAAGAAGGUUUGGGUCUGGCCCAAAAGGUGGACCCGGCCCAAAAGGAGAAGGAGGAGGUCGGCACGUGGCUAACGAAUACGAUAGACACGUUGAACAUGCAAGUGGACCAGUUUGAGAGCGAAGUGGAGUCUCUUUCAGUCCAGACGAGAAAAAAGAAAGGAGACAAGGAGAAGCAGGACCGGAUCGAGGAGCUGAAGAAGUUCAUCGAAAAGCAUCGGCACCACAUCCGGAUGCUGGAGACGAUACUGAGGAUGCUGGACAACGACUCAGUGCAGGUCGACGCCGUCAGGAAGAUCAAGGAUGAUGUGGAGUAUUAUCUAGACUCGUCGCAGGAUCCGGACUUUGAGGAGAAUGAGUUUCUAUACGACGACCUGGACCUGGAAGACCUCCCUCAGACGCUGGUCGCUACCUCCCCCCCGGGACACUCGCACUUGGAGGAUGAGAUCUUCCAGCACUCCAGCAGCACACCCACCUCCACCACCUCAUCCUCACCCAUCCCCCCCUCACCUGCCACUUGCACUACGGAGAACUCAGAAGACGAUAAGAAGAGGGGACGUUCAACGGACAGUGAAGUUAGUCAGUCACCUGUGAAGAACGGAAACCCCUCUUCCUCGUUAUCCUCCUCCUCCUCCUCCUCGUCCUCGUCCUCGUCCUCCUCAUCCUCUUCUUCUUCCUCCGUCUCGGGACUGACCCCAUCCUCACUGGUCUCUAUGGCGACCAUCGCCGGGGGAGGAGGCAGCGGCUCUGGGGGCAACAGUCACCACGGCAACUCGGGGGGUCUCCUCUCCAACACUUCCGCGGGCAGCUACAGCAACGCCACCCAGCAGCAGCCGCACCCGUCGGCACAGCAACAACAGGCCAAAAACUUAGUUAGCUCCCCGAUCUCCGCCCCCACCUCCAACCCCCUCCCCUCCACCAACAGCCACCCGACCUCCUCCUCCGCCUCCUCUCCCCCCAACGUCAGCACACAGGGGCUCUUCACUUCAAACACCCAGCCCCAGGUUCUGUCGGGGCCCCCGCCGACCUCCAACAGUCUCGGCCUCAGCCUCGGUCUCUCCCCAGGAGCCUCUGAGCAGCCUGAAGUCCAUGGCCGAGCGAGCAGCACUCAGCUCAGGGAUGGAGGGAGACGUGCCCUCCCUGCACCUCACCCCAGACAUCUUCCCCAGCAGCACUACGGCCCCCUCGGGCCCCCCGACAGCACCUCAGCCCUCGCUGUCAGAGGUCAGCAUCCCCCCGUCGUUGGGGGUCUGCCCGCUGGGGCCGGUUCCCCUGUCCAAAGACCAGCUCUACCAACAGGCCAUGGAGGAGGCGGCGUGGACGCACAUGCCCCACCCGUCCGACUCCGAGAGGAUCAGGCAGUACCUGAUGAGGAACCCGUGCCCCACCCUGCCUUUCCACCACCAGGUGCCACCGCCACUCUCCGACACUGUAGAGUUUUACCAGAGGCUUUCCACAGAAACACUCUUCUUCAUCUUUUACUACCUGGAGGGCACUAAGGCCCAGUAUCUGGCAGCCAAAGCCCUGAAGAAGCAGUCCUGGAGGUUCCACACAAAGUACAUGAUGUGGUUUCAGAGGCACGAAGAACCCAAGACCAUUACUGAUGAGUUUGAGCAGGGAACGUACAUUUACUUUGACUAUGAGAAAUGGGGCCAGCGGAAGAAGGAAGGCUUCACGUUCGAGUACCGGUACCUCGAAGACCGAGACCUCCAGUGACCUGCAGCAAGACAGACAGACGGAUAAACAAACGAACGAACGAACCCACAGACGGCUGAGGAAGUGAGAGAAAGAGAGGGACAGAUGGAUGGAGAACAAAACAAAUGAAGAAGGCUGGACCACCUGCUGACAUUCCUGGAUCUGAUCUCAGCUCGUUGGGGAAAGGAGAUGUUCAGGCUGCAGGGGGGCGAGCAGGUUUUAGAAAACCCUCCCUCCCUCUGACCCUCCAACCCCGCCUCAUCAUCCUCACCCCGGCAGUGAUUACUCCUCCCAGCCCGUCAUCCCUCCUCCUCCUCCUCCUCCUCUAUCAUCAGGCAUUUUAUUCCCAUCUUUUUCCGAACUGGAACUUUCUUUAAAACAAGACUUUUGGUUUGUUUUGGCUGAUAAGACACAAAAAUCACACCCAAAUAUUCAGACUAUCAUGUGCUUUUCCCCCUCUGUGUCAUCACUCUUAUGUUGGCUUUAAGAAACCUUUUUGUUUAUAUUAUUAGCCCCUUAAGAACCAAAGAUAAAUUGGUUAAUCAUACAGUACACAGGCUCUGUCCUCUUUCCAAACUAAAAGGUAGCGAGUGCAGAAGCCUCGACCGCGACCGCACACGCUACAUCUGUGUUGUGUUGGUGCUACAAUCUUUCAGUGUUAGUGGUAUGGAGCAGGGACGCAGCAGCAGGGCAGGAAGGAGGUGAAAUACGUCCAGAAGCCAAGAUGAACUGAAGUGAGAUCGGUUGGGAAGUUAGCGACCCGUAACCUGAACCUGUGAGGACCCGUAAGGUUCUAGGUGUGUGCAUUUACAAAUCCUCCCUCCAUGAAGGUGAAAGAGUUCAGUUUGUGUUUUAGAGAGGUUCUGAUCCAACUUUAUGAUUAUGAUGGAGUCAUUCUGAACUGUAUUGUAUUAUACAGAGACGUGUUGCUGCCAUUUUACCCAAGUAUAACUAAAGUAUAAUGCAAUGCAGUUCAACACUGACCAUAGACCUCGAUACUGUCGGAUCAACGCCUCUAAACCUUAUUCAACGUUAUAACCUUCAUGAAGGGAGGAUUUAUUGCAGACUGCAUUAGUUUCAGCCAGCUGUACAUAAUAAACUACACAACGAGGCAGCAAAGCACACGUCGGAUAAUCUGAAUCAGAAUUCACCGGUCGUUAACGUUCUUGUAGUUUCUGAAGAGUUUCACCUCGAAACAAAUCGUCCACAAACUGAAUGAGGUUUUGUGCGAGACUCAGGUAAAAAAAAAAAAAAACCCACAUGAUGAACGUUUUUUACUUCGUCGUCCGUUUCGGCUGCUUACCACGAACUCCUCCGCCAGCCAACAGUAGCUUAAUAAUGUUUUUUUCCUGCCCUGCUGCUGCAGCCACCACGAGGGCUUGUUGAGCUUCAUGACUUCAACACCGAUGAGCCUCACAAACGAACCGGUAACACCUGCCUCCGGUGUGCAGCGGCUCUCUUGACCUGACCUGCAGAUGUUAACCCAACCAGUCUCCCUCGCAGCUCGACUGCCCAACGCCGGCCGCAGUCGCCGCCACGGGCCUCUCCCGCCGUCCUCAGAGGCCCUGCUGUAUUCUUGUGAAGCGGUGAAAGCGGCCGGUUUCUUUUUGUGAAUCCACCAGCCGUUGUGGUCUAAAAAUAGCCUGCCCUGCCUACUCCCAUCUAGCCACAGUGGAGGAGUGUGACAACACAGCCAGCGAGGUGUUGGUAGUAACUGUCUUUUACCUGGUGGGCAGUGUUAUAUCACAGUUUGCUCUGGAAACAAAAAGGGAUCAUCACUCGGGAGAAUCGGAAUAUAUUUACAGAAUUGUAUUUAAAAGUCUUUGUUUGGCCCCUCGAGCUUUCACGAGCUGCCUCACUGCCUUCACCUUGUUUCAUUCAAUCACCCAAAGUACAGAAAACAUCCCCUAAUUAUUCUCCAGUGGGAUCUACUCAGACUAUAGUUUUGGUUUUGUUUGUUUUGAGGUAUUUGAGAGUUCUGCCUCCACUCCGACACAGAACAGGUAACUGGAAUCUUAUUUGUGCAUAAAAAAAAAAAAACCGAUCGAUUGUUUGUUACCAA